AUGAGUGGGCCAGAUUAUCAGCUAAACUAUAUAAACGGUGAAGAAUUCCCGUACCCUGUGACUAUAAAUAGGGAAGACUUUCAACAAGAGUUGAAUUGUGAUAAUUUCCAAGUUGAUGACUUUUUAUAUCAAAACCACAGAUUUACAUCGAUAGAUUCAUUGAUCAAGGAUUUGACCCAUUUGUUAGAUAGCCUUAACAACGAAUUAUUGGAUUUAGUUAACAAUGACUACACGGACUUCAUAAAGCUUGGAAAGUCUAUAAAUGGAGGUUUACAGUUAAUGCAUAAUAUCCAAAUAGAUUUGCAGAAUUUUAACACCAGUUUAUCGCUGGUUAAAAAAAACUUCCAAGUUUCCAAUGAUUUGGUGGCCAACGCAUUAGCGAAGAAACAGGAACUAGUCGAAUUAAAGACGAAGAUAAAGCUAUGUCUCUUAUUGAAUGAUCAUGUGAAUAAUUUUGAGAAUAUACUAAAUCUUGAUGACUUAAAUACUGAAAAUGACAAGUUGGUAACAAAAUUGAAAACUUUAACAGCUCUAUAUCUAUCGUUGAGCAAACUUUUUGCAUUGAUAACGUCAAAUGAACGUGAUGAUUCAGUGUCUUUCGUCAAUAAGAAUUUAAAAGUUAAGAUAAUGUCACUAAAAUUCGAAUUUAAGGGCUACUUAGAUGAAAUGCUAACCAGCUUUAAGUCAAAAAGAAUAUCCAACCGGGAUGUAAUACUUGAAUUGUUGAAUAUUUACAAGAUAACAGGGCAUGAAAGAGAUUUUAUAAGCAUUAUGAAUAGCAAACUGACUAGUAUAUAG